GGCUGAAAAGAGACACCAGGCAUUGUGUGUCAUUCACAAUUUGGCCUGUCAUGAUUUACCAUGGAGAAGGAGCAACAACAUCUCCUUCUUUAGGGACAGAAGUCUUGGUUGGAAGGAGAAAAGCUAUCACAGCGCCAUGACAGAUUUCAUCCUCAUGGGCCUCCCCCACGCCCCAGAGCUGAACGUGCAUCACUUUUUGCAGUUUUUCACCAUCUAUAUCUUCACUCUCCUGGGAAGUUGCCUUAUGGUGCUAAUCUUGACAGGUGACUCCAGGCUGUGGGCAUCCACACAUGUUUUGCUGGGCAAGCUCUCUUUCCUGGACCUCUGCUUCUCCAGUGUGUUUGUUCCAAAGAUGCUGGUGGGCUUCCUCAGGCCAGGGGGCUCACCCAUCUCUUUCCACAGCUGCAUGUACUCCUCCCAGCUGCUGGACAGGGACGAAUGCUUCCUCUAUAGUGUUAUGUCCUAUGGUCGCUGCCUGGCUAUCUGCAACCCACUGUGCUAUGGGGAAAUCAUGCAUCAGUCUGUGUGCAUCUGGCUGGUGGCAGGGACAUGGCUGGCUAGUUCCCUGCUUCCUGCUCUGCAUACAAUACUUACCUCUCAUUUGGCUUACUGCGGGCCCAGGCACAUCUACCACUUCUUCGGUGAUCUGCCAGCCCUUCAGGUCAUGGCUUGUGCUGGCACGUCUGCCAAGGCUAUGAACAGGUUCAGCAUUGGUGGCAUGGCUGUCAGCUGCUUCCUCUUCACCCUCACUUCUUAUGGGUGCAGA